AUGAAAGAAAACGGGAAAGCUCCAGCUGAGCCAUGGGUAAAUCUAUUUCAGAAGAACAGAGCUGCGGAGAAUGGGCUGCCACUUCAAUAUAUCCCGCCUGAGGUUAUUGAUGGGCAGGUUGUCGUUCAAUUGGAGAAGGAAAAGGUAGAUCGAGAGACCGCAAAGUGGAAAUGUGCUCUCAUUGUGUACUCUAUCGGUGAGUGUCCUGGGUAUAAUAAUAUGUGUCGAUUUAUCGCUCAAUCAUGGAACUCAGUAGCUGAGCCUGAAGUGUAUCUACAUGAGGAAGGUUACUAUAUUGUCAAAUUCCAUUCCAUGGAAGACAUGAGAGAGAUAUUGUACGCAGGACCCUACAUGAUUAAUUACAGGACAUUGAUACUUAAACCAUGGACGCCGGAUUUUGAUUUCAAUGAGGAAUUCCCUACUGAAAUUCCUCUAUGGAUCAAACUACCUCAUUUGCCUAUGAAUUGCUGGGGUACUAACUCGCUAAGUCGAAUCGCAAGUUCUAUAGGCACCCCAGUCUUUGCGGAUGCAUGUACUGCUAGACACGCAAGGGUGUCCUUUGCUCGUGUUCUCAUUGAAGUUAAUAUCACCAGACAACUGCCUGAUACAAUUGUAGUAAGGGACCCUAGUGGAAAAACCUUUACUCAGAAAGUGAUCUAUGAAUGGAAGCCACUGUAUUGUGAAAAAUGCCAGAUUAUUGGGCACAAAUGUGCCCCUGAACCACUUGCCAAGCCAAGGAAGAGAGGAUAUCACAAACAUGUGACAACUUGGAUCUCAAAAGGGCCUAAUCAGCAACAGAAAGAGCCGCAAACCCAAACAGCCCCUCCGCAGCUCGAGCAAAAUGUAGACAUCGAUGUAGUUCAGCCUGGUGAGAAGGACGUAACCAAGCAGACUGGUAUUGCUAUUGGGGCUGUGCAGUGUCAGCUUAGCCCCAAGCCUCAAGCCAGUGUGCAAAGUAGCAGAGAAAGUGGAUAUUUGGAUAGUUGUAGCCCAACCCCGGUAUUGGCACUCGAUAUGACCAACUUUCCAAUUUUGAGUGCAGUUGCUAAACCAAGGAUGGGUAGCAGUGCCAUGAGCUUAAGUGGUGAGCAAUCAGCUAUACCUCCCGACAAGGGAGGAAAAAUUUACUAUGACUUGGCUGAUUUGGAAUGCUUGAUCGAGACUAGGGUGAAGCAACACAAUGCACAGGCUAUCUCUAAGUGCAUUGCUCCAGGAUGGGGACAUGCUAAUAACUACUCUGCUGCUAGUAAUGGGAGGAUAUGGGUAAUGUGGGACCUGAACUACUACACAGUUACAAUACUUAGAGUAGAAGACCAACUAAUUCACUGCUUGGUACAAAAUGCUACUGACAUCAACUGCUACCUAACUAUUAUCUAUGGAUUCAACAGCAUUGAGCAACCGAGAACAUUGUGGGGAUAUCUUAAAGAUAUAGCUCAGGGACUUAACAGCCCUUGGGCUAUUUGUGGGGAUUUUAAUGCCUUGCUAUAUGCCCAGGAUAGACUCAGUGGAAAUCCUGUCCAGUUUGCUGAAAUAAAAGACUUUGUCGAAUGCCUACAGGACACACAUUUGAAUGAAUUACCUUGGAGAGGGGACUAUUUCACCUGGACAAAUAAGAAGCAUUGA